AUCGUGUCGUCUCAUUUCAUGCAUCUGUGGAUAAAUUUCGGCCUCUUCGAGUUUCGUGGCACCGCGAAGGAGUGGUUUGCGAAGGAGUCGCUGUGAAAAAAGCCUUCAAGAUGGGGAUGCGGAGGAAAGUCGGCAGCACCAAGAGCCCGAGCGUCUUCAGCCACGAGUUCGUCAUCCAGAAUCAUGCUGAUAUCGUGUCCUGCGUGGCUAUGUUCAUGGUAGUCGGCCUGAUGUUCCAGGUGACACAGCAGACAGCGUCACUGUUCAUCACCAUGCAGCAUAACCACACAGAGGUCUUCAACGACACAGACCCGCCCACGGAGGUGACGUACUACACCAACGGCCGUAAGGACUUCUGCAGCGUGUUUUUCUACCUGCUGAUCGCCAUCGUGCUGCACGCCGUGGUGCAGGAGUACAUCCUGGAUAAGGUGAAUCGCCGCCUGCACCUGUCGAAGGUGAAGCACAGCAAGUUUAAUGAGUCUGGUCAGCUGGUCAUCUUCUACGUGGCCUCGGUCAUCUGGGGGUCAAACAUCAUCUUCGAGGAGAACUACAUCACGAACAUAGCCCAGCUGUGGGAGGGUUACCCCCACACAGACAUGCUGUUUCAGACCAAGUUCUUCUACAUCUGCCAGCUGGCUUACUGGGUUCACUGCUUCCCAGAACUCUACUUCCAGAAAGUCAAGAAGGAUGAGAUGCCUGCCCGGGUGCAGUAUGCCUCCCUGUACCUUGUCUUCAUCGGCGCCACCUAUGCUCUCAACCUGACUCGUGUUGGCCUGUGCUGUAUGGUGAUCCACUACUUCAUGGAGGCUCUGUUCCAUGUGUCCCGCAUGCUGUACUACAGCGAGAAAAUGGACUUCGCCAAAACUGGUUUCUCCAUCUGGGCCGUGCUGUUCGUGAUCGCCCGUUUCCUGACCGUGACGCUGGCCGUGCUCACCUUCUGGUUCGGACUGGGCCGCGCAGAAAACCAGACCUUUGACCUGGCCACUGGAAACUUCAACACCUUCCUCAUAAGGAUCAACUGCCUUGCAGCGAUCUCCCUGCUGCAGGUUUGGAUGAUGUGGAACUUCCUGAACUUCCAGCUGCGGCGGUAUCGGGAGGCCACGGCCGCCAAGCAGAAGGCCAAGCAGCGACAGAAGGAGAGGAGAGAGGCCAAACUGCAGGCUGCCAAGAAGAGGGGCAGCGAAGCCUCCUCAGAUGAGGGAGGUGACACGGACGUGAGCCUGACUCCUCGCGCCAACAACAAGGCGGAAAACGGCGGGCCGCGUACUCGCAACCGCGGCGGCAAGAAGCACUAAGGCCGUCCUCAACCUGCAAACCUGCCCACGUUUGUAACCAUGUUACAUCCCCCUGAACAGAAGUGGUAUAUUCUAACUUACAGCGCAGAUUGGUUGUAUCUGGGCUAUUCCAUUUCUAUCCAAGGGGAGGCAUUACUGAUGAAACUGUAACCAGUGCUUCUUUCAUGUAACAUCCCCCUGAACAGAAUUGGUAUAUUCCAACUUACAGCACAGCUUGGUUGUAUCUGGGCUAUUCCAUUUCUCUCCAAGGGGAGGUCUUACUGAGGAAAAUGGUGUUAUACACUGAUAUUUCCUCAAUUCAAACAACACCAUGUAAAAUCUCGGUACCCCAUUCUUUUGAUCCAUCUUAACUUUUUAUGGCAAAUUCCUCAUCCAGAUUAUAAGAACUUUCCACCAUUAACUCACCAUUCCUUGACUUGAAUUUGCUCAGUUGAGAAGAAAAGAUGGAAAAUCAGGCAAGAAAAAGAACGUUCUAAAAUAUUAACACGAGAACACCCACCUUUGUAAUUAAUACUACACUGAAUGUACAUAAAAUAAGCAUAUAAUAAGAUAUGUUCACAUAAUUGGGAGUUUUAUGUCUUUUCACCAUUCUGUGAGUUUUUGAGAGGGUUUCACUCUAUUCAUUACUUAAAUCUGCAAGAACACAGUAGUUUGGGUAUUAUUAAAUAAAUAGGCUUACAGUAAAGAUCUUUAAAUGAAGACUUCAAGAAGUUAAAGCUGUAAAAUAAUGCGCAUCUUUCUAAUUAAGGUUUUACACACUUUGACCUUUCAACUUUGACCUAUGACCAGCUGACCUUUACCCUCGUGUCAGCAUGUGACCUCCGGAACUUAUAAGCAUUUUGCAAUUGGCAAAAUUGAUAGAUUUAAUAAUAGUAACAGACAGAAAUAGAGAUCAGAGUAUAAGAAGACAAUAUGAAAAUAGUAUACAGUUUUUUGCUACGCAAAACUGUAUAAAGUCAGGACAUUCUGAAAUGAGGACACUGAUAUCAGUUACAUAGACGUAAUAUUAUAUAAUUGAUAAUAAAUGACUAAUGUUGUAAAAUGUGGCAGCGAUGAAAAGUCACAGAAACAGAAACACAACAGUCAACUUGACGUAACAAAUACAAGAGAAUGGUUUUGUGAUACCAGACACAAAUCUACAAAAAUCCUACUCUAGACUUUAUCAGAAGCAAUUCCUCAUGGAAAUACUUAGAAAUGUUGAGAAGGGAAAAACAGCUGCAGUUUACUACUUCUCAGAUAGGGGGCAGUGUUGUGUAAUUGAAGCCAAAAGUGCUUGAAAUAGUAGGCUUAUAUAGGGAUGUAGAAUAGUUUAGGUGGAAUGGGAAUUAGAGUCAGUGUAGGGUUGCUACAUUAUCAAUGAUAUCCAGUUCUUUACAAAUACAUUUAAAAUUGCAUUGACUUGCACGUACCUAUCAUAUAGGUAUGUCUCUAUUUUUGCAAUUUUUCCAAUGAAAGUGAGAAGAAGUAAGUGGCCAUAAAAUGAAACAAAGAAAGAAUUAAGCAUCGUUCUUGAGCUGAUAGAAGUAAUACUUAAAUCUCUCGAUAUUGAUACGGUAAAUCGGGAAAUAUCUGCUGUCUUUUCAACUUUCUGGUUGUGGUAACUUCCUUGUACCUUGUACAUUACACAUCUUCCACAAAAAUGGAUUAAAGUGAAACUGGUGAUAGUCAAUAAUUUCUAAAAAUUAGGGUGCUCUUUUUUUAAAGGAAAAUGAGCAACUUUAAAUACCGUCGUCAUCUUAAAGGCAUCCAGUGCAGUUUUAGGGCUUGGAAACCUGAUUUUUCAAAGUCAAUAUUCUAGUUGUUUAUCUACAUACUGAGUUGAAACCACACUGUCCCAAUGUAUAUUGACCCUCUUGGAGCAAAAAUUCUGACGGAAAAUGUAACUGGAAGGGCCUUUGGCUAAUUUUUUGGGUACCUCCCAGAAAAUAAAGGACUCAUAUCUUGCGGUUUGUUUCUGCAGUUGUAAAAGCCCCAAGUGUGAAAUACUGACUCUAAUGUGCUAAUGUCAAGCAGUAUGUGUGAAUAUGACAAAGAUUGCCUUAUUCAGAAUAUCUCCAUUUUUGCUGCCAUGAAAUCGCAUUGGAUGCCUUUAAGCAUUACAUGAUAGCAAGAAAGAAUAUAUUCCAGUGUAUACGUCAAUGGGCAUGUAGAAUGCUUAUAGUUAUACUGAACAUAAAUAAUUGAGCUUUCUCAGCUGUGCUCUGUUGCAAUAGUAGCAGACCAUCCGGUUAAAUGCUCUGCCAUGAUUGGUCAGAUAAAGAUGAUCUAAUUAAGUUCAGGCAAACACUUUGUGCCAGCUGUUGGUCUCAAUAAUGUUGACCAUAGAACCCUUCUGAGAGAAGAAAGAAAAAAAGAACAAAAAGUGAAAAAGCGGUACUUUUCCGCAGAUGUCUUUAAUGUUUUCAUGUAAACAAGAGUUUGUUUGUAUCACAACAAAGAAUGGACACUGAUGGUAGCUGUUUACUUAUUAGUGUUUUAUUAACUGUUGUAUAAUGUAAACAGGCAUGUCUGUAUCAUGUGGAAUUGUAUGGAGAAAGAAGACAACUUGUCAUAACUCUACAAGCUUAU